AUGGGGGAGAUCUCUACUGCGGCGGUUAAAUCCAAAAUUAUAGCAGAAGGCUACCGCCAGUCUGAGUCAGGGUUAACGGGAACGCAUCAAUUCGGCUCUUAUGGCACAUUCGUGGGCAUCUAUGAUGGUCAUGGUGGUCCCCAGGCUGCCGAGUUUGCUAAAAACAAUCUUUACAAAAUUAUGAAAAGUUCAAUGUCGAAAGUUAUAGAAAUGUCAGCAAACGUUCUGGAUGAAUCCCUGUUGCAGUUAGAUAAGGAGUACCACAUGCAAGAUAAGGAUGAGUCGGCAGCCAGAGCUGAGUCCUAUUGUAUGGUGGCCCUCAUCAUCUUAGGACGGAUCUACAUUGCAAACACCGGAGAUGCUAAGGCAGUUUUGGGGCGACUCGUCAGGCCCAAAGGCCACGUUUGA